UCUCGCGAUUUUCUUUAAACGGUCUGAAACCUGAAAUAAAUCCAAAUUGAAAUUCAGAACCCUAGAAAUCUUGUUUCUCGAAAUCGAUUCUUCUUGAUCAGGAUAGUAAUCCUCAUGGGAUCUUUGCUGUAUCACCACUAAAUUAGCCGCGAAAUUCAAAGCGAUGUCGGGAUCAGUAAUUCCUGGAUCGAAUCCGGAUCGGGUUUCAUCGCCGACGAGCUCGAAGUCGGUGACCCAGACGGUGAACGGGUCGCAUCAAUUCGUGAUACAAGGGUACAGCUUAGCGAAGGGGAUGGGUGUGGGGAAGCACAUAGCGAGUGAUAACUUCUCGGUCGGAGGCUACCAGUGGGGGAUCUUCUUCUACCCGGACGGUAAGAAUCCGGAGGAUAACUCUGCAUACGUCUCCGUCUUCAUCGCAUUGGCCAGCGAGGGCACCGAAGUCAGGGCUCUUUUCGAGCUCGCUCUUGUUGACCAAAGCGGAAAGGGUCAGCACAAGGUUCAUAGCCAUUUCGAGCGUUCUCUUGACAGUGGGCCUUACACUCUCAAAUACCGAGGAAGCAUGUGGGGAUACAAGCGUUUCUUCAAACGUAGCUUGCUUGAAGCAUCUGACUACCUCAAAGACGAUUGCUUGAAAAUCAACUGUACGGUUGGAGUUGUGGUUUCGGAAAUACACUGCCCACGGUUACACUCUGUUCAAGUCCCUGAAUCAGAACUUGGAUCACAUUUUGGAGUUUUACUGGAUAGCAUGGAAGGUUCUGAUGUGACUUUUGACAUUGCUGGAGAGAAGAUUCAAGCUCAUAAAUUAGUGCUGGCUGCUCGAUCUCCAUUUUUCAAGUCUAAGUUUUUCAAUGAGUUUGAAGCAAGCAAUACAGAGGUUAAGAUCGACGAUCUGGAACCUAAGGUUUUUAAGGCUUUGCUACAAUUCAUGUAUAAAGAUUCUCUUCCGGAAGAUGUGGAGGCUGUGUACACUCAUACAUUUGACCUCUUAAAACUGCCUGAAAUAUACGAGACAUUGAUAGUAAAGCUUUUAGCAGCAUCGGAUAAGUACGACCUGAAUAGGCUCAGAUUGUUGUGUGAAUCUCACUUGUCCAAAGGCGUAUCAGUGAAAUCCGUCGCCAAGAUCUUAGUGCUGGCUGACAGAUAUAGUGCUAGGGAGCUAAAAAGCGUUUGCCUAAAAUUUUCUGCUGAGAACCUAGCAGCUGUCCUGGAGACAGACGCUUAUCUACAGCUCAAGGAUGAAUGUCUGUCCCUCCAGUCGGAGCUUCUGAAGGCGGUGGCUGGUUACGAGGAAGGCAGCAACAGUACCGGAGGAGCCAAGUCUCAGAGCGUGUGGGCCCAACUAUCAGACGGCGGCGGUGGUGGUGGCGGCGGCGAUACCAGCAGCCGACAUGUUAGACAACGAACCACCUAGAGCCUCGAUAUGCAUUUUCUCAGGUUAAUAACCAUAGAGGGGUAUAUACUUGGUUUUCUGUUUUUUUUUGUUCUUCCAAUUUUUACAAUGUUUUGUAAACUGAUGGAAAUAUGAUCCUAACUCUAUGAUAUGUAGGUAAAAAUCUUUUUACUUUUCACUCGAGUAAUAGUUUCAUAUGUAUCCUUCUUCUGUUACAUGGUAUAAUAGUUUCAAAUC